AUGGCAAUGUUCGGCGCAGUUUGCUCAGGAAGACCAAUCCAAUUAGCGCAACAGGUGGAGCCCACCAAAUUCGUCAUAGCCAUUCCCAACGCCGCCAAAGUAAACCACAUGGCCAUAUUCUUAUUGCCCCAAACGGACUUCACCGAUCCGAACUUCACCGCGCUUGUGUACUUCCAAUUGCCCAAUCUGGCGGAGUUUAAGUUAUUGGGAGGCCUAAGUCCACUCAAGCCAUCGGCAAUCUUCAAAUUGAACACUGGGGCUCCCCCAAUUUCCAACCACAUGGACGAAGAUGAUUUGAUGAACGAUGGAGAAAUUGGCGAGGGUCUGGUUCUCAACGUCGGUAUUUCAAUUGAACCCACAGCACAAGCGCAGGCGCUUUUGGAGCAGGAGAAGCUGAAACAACGAACGAUCAUGCCUACGCCUGCGUCUGCUUCGCCCGCCGUGCCCGCACCCCUGGCACCGCUGGAUAUUGCUGCUUUGGCCAACAAGAUCGUGAUGCACGCGUACAAUUACUUGGGUAGCUUUGUGGAUGCUCAGGGUAAGGUUCCAAUGAAGCAAUUUGAUACGUGGUGGCUGAAAUUCAAGGCGAAAUUGGCCAAUAAUCCGAACUUUUUAAACGAACUCGAUUAG